UACGUAAUGACGUGACGCUUUUGUCACGAUGGUAUGUUUUUCUCUCGCAAUAAAGGAGAUGAUCUUUUCAUAAUAACGACGUUUUAUCAUGAAAACGAGACGUUUUUCUGGAAAUGUUUUAUUUUUCGGGCUGAGGCAUGUUCAAAAGGGAACAGGGGGUUUUUUUUCGGCCUGUUCACAAAGAUGUUUUUCUCAUGAUAACGAGAUGCUUUUCUGGCUGUGAGCUGAGCUGCAGUGGGGGAGAGACAUUGUUUAGUCAGACAUUGGCAGGACUGACGUAGGCGACGUAUCGCGGGAAAGUAACGCCGUGACGUCAGCCGGCACGUGGCGUCACCGGGCUCGAGAUUUCUACUUCCGGUUCCCGGGACUCGGGUGUGUUUUUUUUAUUUUUCCUCUAGCCGGAGAGACGCAAAGGGCAUGAGGACGCCGGAAGGGGGAUUUUAUUAAUCUGAUUACAGUUAAAACUCGGGUGUGCAAAGAAUUCUGCUCAACCGGAAACUCGGACACAAGCUUGGAAAGAAAAUCUGUCGGAUCUCGCUGUCGGCCUGUGGAACCGGAAACCGGAAAAAUCCGUCUGAAAGACUUGCGUCUGGGGAUCCGGGAGGUGACGUGGUGGCGUUGUUCUGUGCUGGUAGCUGGAACACCCGGGAAUACGCGCUGUUGUUUGAGCGUGAACGCUCUGUCGCUUUUAUCGGACUGCGAUGCACCGCUUAAGGACUUGUGCGGCACGGCUUCGGCCGAUCACGGCCUCACAGACUGCUAAGACCCUGACACAGCAGAGGCCCGCGGCCACAUUCAGGACGUUUCAGCCAAUCAGGCGCUACACCGCGCCGGUGGCCGCAGAGCCGUUUCUGAACGGCACGAGCUCGAACUAUGUAGAGGAGAUGUACUACGCCUGGCUGGAGAACCCCAAGAGCGUGCACAAGUCUUGGGACAUUUUCUUCAGGAACGCUAAUGCUGGGGCUCCCCCGGGCACCGCCUACCAGAGUCCUCCUCCGCUGGGCAUGGGCCUGGCCGAGCUGACUCAGGCCCAGUCUCUGGUCGGUGCUCAGCCCAACGUGGAGAAGUUGGUGGAGGACCAUCUGGCUGUGCAGUCGCUCAUCAGAGCUUAUCAGAUCCGGGGUCACCAUGUCGCUCAGCUGGACCCUCUGGGGAUCAUGGAUGCCGAUCUGGACUCGUGCGUCCCCACCGACAUUAUUACGUCUUCGGAUAAACUCGACCUUACACAUUUCAAGGAUCGGCUAAGUGUUCUAACCGUCGGAGGAUUCUACGGACUGGAGGAGUCGGAUCUGGACAAAGUGUUCCGCCUGCCCACCACUACCUUCAUCGGGGGCACGGAGAGCGCUCUGCCUCUGCGGGAGAUCAUCCGCCGCCUGGAGAUGUCGUAUUGCCAGCACAUAGGAGUGGAGUUCAUGUUCAUUAACGACCUGGACCAGUGCCAAUGGAUCCGUCAGAAGUUUGAGAGUCCCGGGGUCAUGCAGUUCAGCCUGGAGGAGAAACGCACACUGCUGGCCCGCACGGUCCGCUCCACCAGGUUUGAAGAGUUCCUCCAGAGGAAGUGGUCCUCAGAGAAACGUUUUGGCCUGGAGGGCUCCGACAGCCUCAUCCCCGCCCUCAAAACCAUCAUCGACAAAUCCAGCGAGUGCGGCGUGGAGAACGUCGUCAUGGGAAUGCCGCACAGAGGACGACUGAAUGUGCUGGCCAACGUGAUCAGGAAGGAGCUGGAGCAGAUCUUCUGCCAGUUCGACUCCAAGCUGGAGGCUGCAGAUGAGGGAUCAGGAGACGUGAAGUACCACUUGGGCAUGUACCACAGGAGGAUAAACCGUGUGACAGACAAGAACAUCACUCUGUCUCUGGUGGCCAACCCAUCUCACCUGGAAGCCGUGAACCCGGUGGUGCAGGGCAAAACCAAGGCCGAGCAGUUUUACUGCGGAGACAACGGGGGCAACCGGGUGAUGUCCAUUCUGCUGCACGGUGAUGCCGCGUUCGCCGGCCAGGGCAUCGUCUACGAGACCUUCCAUCUGAGCGACCUGCCGUCUUACACUACACACGGCACAGUGCACGUGGUCGUCAACAACCAGAUUGGCUUCACCACUGAUCCCCGCAUGGCCCGCUCCUCUCCGUACCCCACCGAUGUGGCGCGCGUGGUGAACGCGCCGAUCUUCCACGUUAACGCGGACGACCCGGAGGCCGUCAUGUACGUGUGCAACGUCGCCGCCGAGUGGCGAGCCACCUUCCACAAAGACGUCGUGGUCGACCUGGUGAGUUAUCGGCGUAACGGCCAUAACGAGAUGGACGAGCCCAUGUUCACACAGCCGCUGAUGUACAAGCAGAUCAAGAAGCAGAAGCCGGUGCUGCUGAAAUACGCGGAGAAACUCAUCGCUGAGGGAGUGGUCACACGCCAGGAGUAUGAGGAGGAGAUUGCCAAAUAUGACAAGAUCUGUGAGGAGGCUUACACUCGCUCUAAGGACGAGAAAAUCCUCCACAUCAAGCACUGGCUGGAUUCCCCUUGGCCUGGUUUUUUCACACUGGACGGCCAGCCCAAAAGCAUGACCUGUCCUUCUACAGGAUUGAGUGAGGAGGAGCUGACGCACAUCGGUCAGGUGGCAUCAUCCGUACCUGUGGAAGACUUUACUAUUCACGGUGGUCUGAGUCGGAUCCUGAAGGCUCGAGGUGAGAUGAUCCGGAACCGGACGGUGGACUGGGCUCUGGGAGAGUACAUGGCCUUCGGUUCUCUUCUCAAAGAGGGGAUCCACGUGCGUCUCAGCGGCCAGGACGUGGAGAGAGGAACCUUCAGUCACCGUCACCACGUCCUCCACGAUCAGAACGUGGAUAAGAGGACGUGUAUCCCCAUGAACCACAUGGCCCCGAACCAGGCUCCCUACACCGUGUGCAACAGCUCGCUGUCCGAGUACGGAGUGCUAGGUUUCGAGUUGGGAUUUGCCAUGGCCAGUCCGAACGCUUUGGUUCUGUGGGAGGCCCAGUUUGGAGACUUCCACAACACGGCCCAGUGUAUAAUCGACCAGUUUAUCUGUCCCGGACAGGCCAAGUGGGUCCGCCAGAACGGCAUAGUCCUGCUGCUGCCGCACGGCAUGGAGGGCAUGGGUCCCGAGCACUCGUCAGCUCGCCCCGAGCGUUUCCUCCAAAUGUGCAACGACGAUCCUGAUGUUUUCCCCAAAAUCACGGACGACUUCGCUGUGCGUCAGCUGUACGACUGUAACUGGAUCGUGGUGAACUGCUCCACUCCUGCCAACUUCUUCCACGUGCUGAGGAGGCAAAUCCUGCAGCCGUUCAGGAAGCCUCUCAUUGUUUUCACUCCCAAAUCUCUGCUGCGCCACCCAGAGGCCAAGUCCAACUUCGACCUGAUGCUGCCUGGCACCCAUUUCCUGCGUAUGAUCCCAGAGGAAGGUCUUGCAGCCCAGGACCCAGCUGCGGUGAAGCGUCUGAUCUUCUGCACAGGGAAAGUUUUCUACGAGCUCACACGCGAACGCAAAACCCGUGGCCUGGAGAACACCGUGGCCAUCGCACGCAUCGAGCAGCUCUCUCCAUUCCCCUUCGACCUGGUCAAGGCCGAGACGGAGAAAUACCCCAAUGCUGACCUGGUGUGGUGUCAGGAGGAGCAUAAGAACCAGGGUUACUACGACUACGUGAAGCCUCGCAUGCGCACCACCAUCGACCGCUCCAAGCCCGUCUGGUAUGCUGGCCGUGAACCUGCUGCUGCCCCAGCCACCGGCAGCAAGAACUCCCACCUCCUGGAGCUGAAGCGCUUCCUGGACACUGCCUUCAACAUGGACGCCUUCAAAGAUCACAUCUAAGCUCUCAUCAGACAGAAAUGCUUCGGUUUUACCCCACCUGCUCCAAAAACGUGUCCAGUCAGGUCUUGUUACUGCGUCAAACGCUGCUUUCUCCAUCGCGUACAUCAUCUCUCACACACACACACGCUUCAUCUUUCUCGCUCGUACACUUAUACACACAUACACAACCUAGCAAUGAAAGGUAGUUCUCUAAAUGCACUGAGCACGCUUCUUUCCGUCCCACACGCACACCUCGACUCAUUACCGUUCUGGAUUUCUUAUUAGACUUUAUUAUUAUUAUUAUUAUUAUUAUUAUUAUUAUUAUUCAUUUUUUAAAAUUACAGACGUGUUCCUGUAAAAAAGCCACAAAUAACAGCACAAGCGUACAUCCUAUACGGCUAAUGCUGGUGUGAUGGUUACACACAACCAAAGCACAGCUGGUGACUGAUUUAAAAAGAAAAGAAAAAAAGAUGGAGGUGGUUCAUGCCCCCUGUGGCUUUUUAUUCAUCGGAGAAGUUUGUUUUAGGUUUAGACGCUUUUUUGCUUCUUUUUUUUUUUUGUGCGCCCCCUUAUUCUUCUUCUUCCGGUUUUUAUACAAGUAUUAGACGAUAAUAGAUGCGAAGCUGUUUUUAAGACUUACGAAAGUGGUAUGUGAUUUACAAUGGAUGUAAGGAAAGGAAGUGGUCAAAAAAAAAAAAACAACAACAAAAAAAAACGAAAGUCCGAUUGUAAAAUACGACAAAUCUGAUCCAGUGCUCACGCUAUCAGAUAUAGGAUAAUCGGAUAUCAGAUCCGCACAGCCCGAUGACCUCCAUAUUCCUGUAUAAACGAUGUAAAUUGCUCUGUGCUGAUUUUUGUGCUUGCGCCAGGCUACUGACAUCCAAACAUUAUAUAAUAUAUAUAUAAUAUACAUUUCCCCCCUCCCUUUGAAAGGCUUUAAGUACUAUUUUAUUUUCUUCAUCUGUGGUUUUAUUUCUGCUUUAAACGGUCAUAGUGGGCUCGUUUGAAUGUGGUUUCCGUCUGUGAUGCACAACAGACGGGACACGUUUCCUGACGGUUCUUUUAAGCUGUAUGAUUGUAUUUAUACGAAUAUGUCCGCACAAAACGAGAGGAGGCUCGUGACCGGUGGUUUUUUUAAAAAAAUAAUUAAUAAAUAAAUAAAUUCCACACGGAUCACCACGAGAGCCGCCUCGUCCCGUUUGAGCGUGUUCUCUCAGGUGGGCACACUAAACCCCACCCUCCGCCUACGGCAAACUACACUUCGCAUCUGCUCCUCUUCUGCCACACCAUGUGCCAAAAAAAACCCCAACAACACAAAACAAAAAACUUUUGAUCGGACUGGCUGAAGAACUGUCGGUGAAUCCUGUCCGUGUGGGAUCGUUCUGCAAGGAAGUGCGUGCCUAUCGUUCGAGGACGCAGAUGAUUUUAUUUAUUUUUAUUUUAGAGAAUCGAGCUCCUGUCCUUGUUUAUCUUCAUUCAAUAAACACAUUAUCUUCUCAGA